ACGGACCCUAACACGCGAGACCGUGGAUGUUAGUGUUGCUACAUUGAGUUAAAGUACAGUUGAACAAACCCGGACGGCCUCACGUUUACAGCCUGAUAUGACUUAAAGCGAUAACUUUAAAAAGGAAACGACGCUAGUGUUGUUGCAAUGUCUCUGUUUCUUGUGAAUAGGUAUCUGGCAGAGGAGGAAGAUGGCAGUGCUUCGAAGGAGACUCGGUCUCAGCUGCUGCUGGCUAAACUUCAGCAGAAGGCAAAGGAGAAGCAGCAGCGGAGUUUGAUGGAGAGGCCGUCUAAAGGCCAGACAUCCCAGCAGCAAAAGAGAAAGAAAAGGAAACCAGAGGGCAGUCAUGAGUCUCCACAGCACAAAAAGAGGAAAACACAAGCAGUACCGUUGUGUGCUCCGGACUCAGACAUCCCUAACAAGCUGGUCAAGAAAAAGAAAACACAUGAGUCAGCUAAAGAUCGAGCCAUGACCACAGAAACAGAAGAAGUUGAACAGGGAACAAACCCAGGAGGAGACGAGGCUGAGGUUGAAAAAGACACAUCAAAACAAACUAAUGCUGUUUCCACAGAAUUCACAGUUCUGGGCGGAUUUGAGAACAAAGCUAUCCAAAAGGUACACAGAGUCCUGCCUCAGUGGCUCGCACAGCCUGAUGUCAUUCACAAGGACAUUAAAAGCAACCUGGUCCCCAUUGCUAGCAUUACAGGACUCGCUCCUCAGCUCAUUAGAAAACUGCAGAACAAUGGAAUUCAACACUUCUUUCCAGUUCAAGCAGAGGUGAUUCCAGCCAUCUUGGAAAGCACUGAGCAGGGGCUGCUGGUGGGACGUGGCGGCUACAAGCCCAGGGAUAUUUGUGUGUCUGCACCGACAGGCAGUGGCAAGACUCUGGCAUUUGUCAUACCGGUCAUCCAGAUGCGUUUCCAUCCUCAGGCACUGAUGGAGCGGGUGGUGUGUGAAGUUCGUGCUCUGGCUGUGUUGCCGACCAAGGAACUUGCUCAGCAGGUCUGCACGGUGUUUACGUCAUACGCCGAGGGAACGGGUCUAAAAGUGGUGAUGCUGGCAGGUCAGAAGUCUUUUGCUGCGGAGCAGACUUCACUGUCAGAACUCAGAGGCGGCAGGAGACGCAGUUUAGCAGACAUCGUUGUGGCCACGCCGGGUCGGUUGGUCGAUCACAUCAACAAAAACUCAGGCUUAUGUCUCGGACACCUCAGGUUUCUUGUCAUGGACGAGGCAGACAGGAUGGUGGACAGCAUGCACCAGUUGUGGCUCAGCCAUGUGGUGAAGGCUGUUCACACACCACCAAAUGGAGCAGAAGGCCGGGCCAUCUUCAGGAGGACUGAACCUGUGCACGUUACAGCAGCAAGUCUGUCUCCGCCUCAGAUGCCACUGCAGAAGCUGCUGUUUUCAGCCACACUCACACAGAACCCAGAGAAGCUGCAGCAGCUGGGCCUCCACCAGCCCCGAUUGUUCAGCUCCAUCCAUGCUCAGCCCAAUAGCACGCCAGCAGCCCCCGGUCUGGCACCAGAUGGCUUUGACUUCCCCCAGGGUCUAACGGAGUAUUAUGUUCCCUGUACUCUGAGCAACAAGCCCCUCCUCAUUCUCCACUUCAUCCUGCGUAUGAAGCUCAUACCCAUCCUCUGCUUCACCAACUCCAGAGAGACAGCACACCGACUCUUCCUGCUGGUGCAGCUCUUUGGUGGCGUCCACGCUGCUGAGUUUUCCUCCAGACUGUCUCCAGGAGACAGAAAGAAGACACUAAAGGAGUUCGAGCAGGGAAAGGUCCAAUUGUUGAUCAGCACAGAUGCAGCUGCCAGAGGCAUCGACAUUAACGGGGUCAAAUGUGUUGUGAACUAUGACGCACCACAGUUCGUCAGGACGUACAUUCACAGGAUAGGAAGAACUGCAAGAGCAGGAAAAUCAGGCUUGGCCUUUACCUUCCUCUUUCGCGUACAGGAGAAGAGGUUCCUUCAGAUGGUGCAGCAAGCAGGAAGUCCUGGCAUUCAGAAGCAGCUUAUUAAACCCCAGAGCCUGCAGAGUAUGGAGGCUCGAUACGAGCAGACGCUGCAGGAGCUGGCCAGUGUGCUCAAGGAUGAAAAAGCCAAGUACUGACACCUGACGAUCACACUGCAGCUUGCUACUGUACUGACCAAACACAACUCUGCAUCUGUGAAUAAACAUGAUUCAAACCUUU